UCACACUUGCUACUACAACUGGGUCUGCAGUUGGUGCUGACUUCACUCUGACUACAUCAACUGUCAUGUUUACCUCUGGUAAUACUGGUGGAGACACUUUGUGCUUUGCAAUCAGUCUCUCUGAGGACCUCAUACUGGAAAAUGACGAAUUGUUUACUGUGAGCAUUUCUGACUUUGGAGGAGCCGGCCAGGGAGCCAUUACAUCAGCACCUGUUACUAUUGAC